AGGGCGGGACCUAACGACCAGCUGGCCAAUCGGAACAGGGAGCGGGGUCCCGGGACUAAGAAGAAACGACUGCCGGGAGGGGGCUACGGGGCCAUGGGGCUUCUGACCAUUCUGAAGAAGAUGAAGCAGAAAGAGCGAGAGCUGCGCCUGCUUAUGCUCGGCCUGGACAAUGCUGGCAAAACAACUAUCCUGAAGAAGUUCAACGGGGAAGAUGUAGACACCAUCUCCCCAACACUGGGCUUCAACAUCAAGACCCUGGAGCACCGAGGAUUCAAGUUGAAUAUCUGGGACGUGGGCGGCCAGAAGUCCUUGCGCUCCUAUUGGAGGAACUACUUUGAGAGCACUGAUGGCCUUAUCUGGGUGGUGGACAGUGCCGACCGUCAGCGGCUGCAGGACUGCCAGCGGGAGCUGCAGAGCCUGCUUGUGGAGGAGCGUCUGGCUGGAGCAACCCUUCUCAUCUUUGCCAACAAGCAGGACUUGCCGGGAGCGCUGUCCUCCAGUGCCAUUCAGGAGGCCCUAGAGCUGGCUUCCAUCCGUAGCCACCACUGGCGGAUCCAGGGCUGCAGUGCUGUCACCGGGGAGGACCUGCUGCCUGGUAUUGACUGGCUCCUGGAUGACAUUUCCAGUCGCGUCUUCACCAUUGACUGAGCCUCUGCGAUGUCCCCCAGCCUGCAGUCCAGAUCCCCGGCCUUCACCAGACACCAGCUAGGAGGGAGGGAUGUCAGCUGGCCAGACUAACACUCCCCAUAGCCGUGACCUGUGCUGCUACUGCUACCCAUUGCUGCUCCCCCAGGCAAGGGCCAGUACCCCAGCUUCCAAGACUGUCACCCUGCCUCCCUGUGUGGUCUGCAGGUGCCAUAUGAAGAGGAGAGGGCUGGGCUGGGAGGGGUUACCUGCUUUACUGAGGCCCUGGGUGCCUCCUCUGCCUGGGAGGGAGAAUAAAACCCUCUGCCUGGUU